AUGCCUGUCGUCCCCCGCCAACUUCUCCUUAGUGAGAUCUCUGAGGCCCUACAACCAAGGACAUCUACCUCGUCAACAGCUGUCAUUGCACCAACCUUGCCCACAGUACCAGAGCCUGUUGCUUCCACUACAACUACUCAGAGCCCAAUCCUUCCGCCCGUCCCUAUAGUUCCCGGACUCACUAGUCUCGUAGUGUCGACUUCAACCACAGUAAUUGUCUCCCCGACUGCGGUUCUAAUCCCCCCAGUGACAACCACAACUACAAGCGCUACUCCAACCACAACCACAACCACUUCUUCGACGUCUACCGCAGAGCCCGUCACUUCGCUGUCAAGCCUAGUUAUCCCACCAACACCUUCGACAUCUUCCCUCCUCUCACUCACGACCCCAGAGACGUCAAAUACCCCCGAUGUUGCCCCGACGACUAAGACUAAUAGCAUAAUUGUUACGGCAUCUGCGUCCAUAUCUACGAGUGCGAGCGCAACAGCAACUGGAGUAGCUUCCAAUGCAGGGAGCGCCACGCAAGAUGGUAGCAAUAUGAGCGGAGGCAUUAUUGCCCUUAUUGUGAUUGGCGCUCUAUUGGCAGCUCUUCUUGCGGGCGCGUUCAUAUUCCGACGGGUACAGGUCCGCCGUCGUGCAAAGCGCAGGGAAAUAAACUAUGGCGCAGACGUUUCAGACAGCUCUCCGUUCCCAUUCACCAAUGUCUCCGAGGCAGAUCUCAAGGGAGCUCAGCCCAUUCGCGAUCCUGCAGUGAGCUACAAGGAGAAGCCGUUGCCCAGUAUUGUACCAGAUGUUUACCCAGCUCCCCCGAACCCGACGUACAAUCAGUUCGGUCAAUACAGCGAUGGUGCAAUGUCUGGUCCCUAUCCUACAAUGGGUGCAGCUGCCAUGGGCUACGGAUACGGGCAACCUGGGCGUGCGUCCCCGGCCCCCAGCCAAAUUCAACCUCAAAGGAUGGUGUCACCUGCUCCGCCUCCUGUCGCAUAUGCUCCCGGACCGUCCGCCUACUCGAACCCAUACCCUCAGGCACCUACGCCCGCACCCGGUGUACCGGCUUCGAAUCUUGCUGUCCCACAAACUAACGGCGGCAAGAAGCGGGUUAUCCAGACUUUCCAGCCCACGCUUCCCGACGAGCUUGAUAUCCGUGAUGGUGACUGGGUGAUUGUCCUUCAUGCCUAUGACGACGGAUGGGGUCUGUGCGAAUGCAACGGGCGUCGUGGUGUGGUCCCGCUUGAGUGCCUCGACCUCGGAAGACCUGAUUUCCGCGCAAGCCGACGCUUCAGUUCGCUUUCUGCCAUCAGACAAUAA